AUGGAAUCGACGACUGCAUACGCAGUCUCGGGGACACCGAAAAAUGGUGAAGCGGCCACCAAGUUGGAGUUGGCCUCAGAUAAGCAGGCGUCAGCGCGGAACUCUAUCGUCGAUGGCCAGCUGGUGCACUUGAGUGAGCUCUUCUCGUAUGCCGAUGGAACGGACAAAAUACUCAUGAUUCUCGGAGCUAUUGGAGCCAUGGUUGCAGGAAUUGCCCAACCCAUCCAAAUUGUGCUCUUUGGGGACGUUCUCAACACGCUGCAUCCGUCCAACGGUGGUACUGACAUCGAAGAUGGCGUUCGAGACGUCGCACUCAAAAUUGUGUACCUUGCCGUCGCCGUCUUCUUCGCAGGUAUUUUUCAAGUCGCUUGUUGGAGUAUCACUGCUUCCCGUCAAUCGAAACGCGUACGCAGUGCGUAUGUCAGUGCUAUCAUCACUAAGGAGAUUGGGUGGUUCGAUAUGAACGAGCCUAUGCAACUGGGGUCUCGUGUUGCUGAAGCUACGAUGAUUAUACAGGAAGGCAUGGGUCGUAAAGUUGGGGACGGACUGAGCUCUUUCGUCAUGGGUAUUGCCGGUAUCAUCAUCGGUAUUGUGAAGGGAUUGCAACUAGCUUUAAUCCUGCUGGCGUUCACUCUGUUCAUCGCUGUUGCAGCCUUUCUCGCAAUGAAAGUGCUGUCUACCUCUACACAAGCUGGGCUAGAAGCUUAUGGGAAGGCCGGUGCCAUCGCACAAGAAGCUUUGAGCAAUAUACGGACGGUAUACAUGUUCAACUGCAUCAACCGUUUCGUUGACAAAUAUGAAGACGCACUCGGACUGUCAACGAAAGCAGGAAUCAAGAAAGGUUUCGCUGUAGGAUGA